UCUCGGCUGUCAGUCGGAGUCGGAGAGAAGCGCAGGAUGUCUGGCAUUUAGACCGCCGAAUAUCAGGGAUAAACUGGGCUUUAAAAUCAAACUGGAGUGCCCUGAAAUGAAGUCUGGUGAUAACAACCAGACGGAAGAAGUCAAAGGAACCAUGGUGACUAAGAAGGUCCGGACGGAGUACAUGAAGAAGUUCAGGGAUCCUAAGUGGGAGACCUUUUCUAAAUGUUACGAGGACUCUGUGAAGUACCGCGUGACCCGGAGAGUCAUGGAGGGUUCCCACAAGUCCUGGUUCUGGGACGGUUGGGACAACAGCUCCGAAUCCAGCGGCUGGUCCACGCCGAGGCUGAGCAGGAACAGAAUCGCUCCUCUGUCCCUCCCUAAGCAGAAGCUAUCCAAUCCCGGGACAAAACAGCCGUCUGAGGACAGGGAGACGGAGGGCGGAGGCGGGGAGACAGUCGUAGACGCUGCUCCACUCGCAGCAGUGGUUGUAGAGAACGGAGUGAAUGGAGACAGCGGUGACUCUGUGACUCCAGACACCAGCGGCCCCUCAGAGGUCGACUCUCCGACAGACAACGGCCCCGUUGACACCACCUCUUCUGACGGGGAGCCGGUGAAGCCGGUACCAAAGAGACGCCAUCGCCGCCGCACCCCCCGUCCUGAGACACCACACCGGGACAGUUCCCUUGAUGAGACGACCGCUGUGGUCAAGAAACCCCCGAGAGCAAAGAGCACACCGGCAAUCAGCACCAAGGAGUGCCGGAGAGCAUCCAGCAGGCUGGACUGGCCCGAGAGACCGGCGGAGGUCAGGAGGACCAGGAACGACAGCCACACGUCCGAUGCCUGCGUACAGACGACCCGGCGGGGGUCCGAUAAGAGGAGCUCGAACCCGGAGCGGCGGCGCGCUCGAUCCGCCGACCUGGAGAAGACGAGGCGGUCGCAGCUGACGGUGGCCGACGACCGCUGGAUGACGGAGUACAUGCGCUGCUUCUCCGCCCGACUGAGGUAGAAACGGGACUCUCUGAAAACCACGUUCCCUUACUGAGGAGCAAAUAUCGGACUCACUGAGAACCACGUGGUCCCGCUACAGUCCGUCAGAGAGAGAGUGAAGCUCUGCUGUCAGGGGACAAACACACUCUGAACUUAUAGUUUAUACUGUCGUUUACUUUAGGUUGAGUAAUGAAAAUCUGAAGACAUUAAACACACUAUGAGACAUGACAGGGCCUAUACACUCUUUGGAUUAGGGUUCAGACAUGAAGUGAAUCCACAUCAAAUAUGAAGUGCAGCUCACAUAAGAGACUCCACAUUUAUGAUGAGUAAUGUAGGGUCAUCAUGCUUUCAGAAAAAGAUUACACAAUAAGAUCUUUGAUAAACACACGUCAGUAAGGUGGAUUUAAGAACUACAGGCACAUAAUCAAACUGCUAGAACAGCUGAGUUAAAUUAAGACAGAUAUAUCACUUUACUGUAACUCUGUAUUAAAAGCCGGAAAAUACGCUAACAAAAACAACAAGUCAAUGUUUCCCCAAAUGAAAUGCACUCGUAUAGGAUGGUCUGCAGUAUGACGCAGUCUGGUGAGCCCUACCUGUCAUGUGUCUACAGGAUUCACUGAUGAAACCUGGGCUGAAUCUAGAUUUUCCACUUAAAAUAUCCUUAUUUCUGAGUCAUUUGAAGGAAAAAUGCUCUCUAAAUGUGUGUGUUUUUCACCCGACAGCAGUGACGCAACCUGAACAGAUGUGAUGGACUGAAGUAUAUGUUCUGCGAUGCUGUAGACGCUGUUUGAUAAUGAACAAACAUCACAGAGAAUGAAUAAUUACAAGCUUUCUUUCAAAACAAUCACAGGUCACUGUUUGAAUGUGUGUCAUUUACGAGCAUGAACGUCUCCGCUGUUCCCUCACACACAUUGACUUUAACUUCUCUAUCACUAAAGGCAGCUGUGUGUGUGUGUGUGUGUGUGUGUGUGUGUGUGUGUGUGUGUGUGUGUGUGUGUGUGUGUGUGUGUGUGUGUGUGUGUGUGUGUGUGUGUGUGUGUGUGUGUGUGAGAGAGUGAGAAUGAGUGAGUGAGUGUGUGAGUGAGUGAGUGAGUCAAACUCUAAGGCAGCAGAAACGGACCAAACUGUAGUAUUUUUGAUAUUUGCCUGAAGUUUAGAUUAGGAUAAACUACAAAGAAACACAAUUUAUCAAAUAAAAUAAAUAUUCAAAGUAUUUUCGGAGGAGAAACUAGAUUUAGGAAGUGCUACCUUUAUUAUAACUUCUCUUUUAAAUGCGUUUCUCUAUAUUGAGAUGCAGCUUCUUGCUUACUUUGAUUUGAAUGAAGACUCAUCUGUAACAUGGUGCUUUCUCUUUUACUGCAAAUAGAAAAGUUAACCCUCUUUAUUCAAUUUAGAUCAAAUAUAUUGUAUAGAUUCAGUUAUGAGGUGUGUGCUCUUCUUCCUGUGGGCGAUAAAGCUGAAAUAAACCUUAAUUUUGACAUGAUAAAUAAAAUGCCACACUAUAUUAAUACUAAUUAACACUUUUAUAAAAACAAAACUAGAAUAUAUUAUAACGGCAUUAUGUCCAACGAAACAUGUGAUAUUUUAAAGAGCAGAGACUAAUUUAGCCCUUUCCUUAAAUAAUGUCAGAAUUGUUGUUGUUGUUGUUUUCUGCCUAUUUAUUUUAAACGGAUUUAAGGAUUUAAAAAAAUAACAAAUAAUGAUUUACUUUGGUUUCAAUUCAGUAUUUUCAAUAAUAACUUCAAUUUCAUUCAUUGUGAAUAAUUGAACAAUUACAGUCAAAUAAAUGAAAUGACUUUACAUCGUUAGCUUUUAUCCAAAGCUGCUUAAAAUAAGUUGCUGACGUCCAAUUAAGGACACCGUUUAAAUAGACUGUAGCAUAUUUGAGCACCUUUUUUAAUUUGACAUAUUGUCCGUCUCCAUCACAGCGACAGACGCGUGGAACGGUCGGAGUUGCGUCUGCUUCACCUGUUUGUUCUGACUGUGGGAUUGUAGAACGUGUGGAAGUGAAAAUGUGAAACUGAGGGCUAACGAUCAUCAUGCUUUCUGCUUUAGAUAUGCAAGUAAUACUUUAACACUGAAUGAAUUUAAAUCCACAGAGAAUGUUUAUCGAUGUCAUCACCGUCAGAACCUCAUCACUCUGAAUGUGCAGAAGUAUUUAUAUUUAACAGUACUUUAUUUAUUCAUAUUUGGCAGCUUUUGAAGUGCAGCUAUCGAUACUUUAAAGAGGCCCUGUUAUGCUGUUGGGGUUGUCCCGUUCCUUUAGUGUGUUUUACAGGUUUUAGUGCAUGUAAAUGGUCUGCAGAGGAUAAAAUCCCAGUGUUCCCUCCAGGGGGAGUUUCUCUCCCACACUACAACACGACCCUGAAAAUGAGCAUCAAUGAGCCCCUUUAACACGACAGUCAUUUAUUUUAUCUUUCUCGGUCAUUCCAGUGACCCCUCCUGAUGUUUUAAGGCCCAUAAAGCGUGCAACAUGUAAGAUUAAACACCGAACAUUUGUAAAAGAUUUUCAGGAAAUGUCCAAUAUGUUUAGAUACAACCUCCUUGGAUGAAAGCGUUCCAGGACAAGUUAUAAAAAGUAUAUAAAAAACCGUGUGUUGCUAAAUGUUCACAGCUGUUUCAACAAACACAUUUAGUGCUGUCGUUUUUGUUCCUAAGUUUUACUGUAAUGGCAAAAAGAGGAUGUUUUUUUACGGUUUACUUUUAAGAAUCCCUUUAAAAGAACAAAGUCCUGGUUUCAGGAAGAAAGUGAGAAACACUUCAAAGUGGUUUAAAUGGUUUAAUGCAGAUAUUUUGUGUCACUUUAUUUUGGUACCUGAUUUUAAAAGUCUGAACGUUUGAGACAAUCAGCCGAAAAUAGAGAGGGGGGGGGAAUAAAUGAAAAAUGAAAUAUGUUAAAUGUGAGGAGUUUGUUUAACGCACCGUUUGAGAAUGUGACUUUUUUGCUUGCUGUAUCUAAAGCUUUGAGUAAGGGUUUUAUUAUCAAACGUCUGAAUGUUUCCACCAGGUUUACUGUUUUGGUCACUGUAUUUGAAAUCACGUACAAUAUAUUUUCAUCCACUUUGCUGUGAAUAAAUGGUAU